CUUCCUCUUCCUCCUCCUCCUCCUCCUCCUCCUCCUCCUUCUGUCAUUUUAAAAUGUUAAUACUGUAUAGGCAGGAUGCACCAGAGUAGAAUGCAAGCGUGACAUCUAAAGAUCCAUGGAGCUUAUAAAAACGUGUUGCCAGCCUGAUUUUAAAAAGCCCCUGGUAACGCGGGCAUGUCUCUCUCACUGUGCAAUCCAGCUGGGACAUACCAGGAUCUGUCUAUUGAGCCUGAUCCACACCGUCUGAGAAGUACUUUCUUAUAGCUUGUAAGCAAUAGUUUGUACUUGCAGGUUCAUCUGCUAUCUUCCUUGGCGCAGAACGUGCCACAGGCGUCAGUUUCUAGGAAGCUUUUCAUCCUCUUACUGCCUAGUCUGCCACUGAACAGUUGGUAGACAGCAUGUACAUAGAGCUUAAAAUCAAUAGCAUUGUGUGUUGCUGUGCUACACAAAUACCUUCACACGUAGUGUGCUAUCCAAGCCAUGCAGGAGCAUGUAGAACCGAGAAUGCAAACCCAUCCUGGAAUAAAAUCCCAGACAGCGAAGUGUGAUAACCAGUGUGGAACUUCCUUCUAGAAAAACAUUAAGGGAUCAUGAACAUUUAUAAUGGAAUCUUAUUUAUUUUUAGGUUAACAGUGUGUGUUGUUUUCUGUGCAUUUCGAAGCAGAACUUUAUUAUGAAACAUAUCCGGGUAACGGUUUGCUUUUAAUCAGACAUCUUGAGAUGUGCAAUCUUUACCAAGUGUAUGUGAACCUGGUAUUUGUGAACAGUUUCUUUAUAUAUAUAUAUAUAUAUCUAUAUAUAGACAUAUAUAUUAUUGCUUGGGUAAUUUCUGUACACUUGAUAAUUUUUAUUUUUUAUUUUUUGGUCAUAUGAACAUUUGGCUCCUUAUCUUUGAAUACAAAUUGCACUGCUAGCAUAGUCUUUCUCAGCACACGAAACACUUGGAAUUUGUUUAGUAGAACUAAGCAUGGCCUCUGAGCACAUAUCAGUUUCACAGCAGAUGCAUGGUUUUCAUAUGCUUAGUUUUGCCUGUCUUUUUUCAUUUAUGAGAUUGGUCCACUCAUGGGAGUUUCAGGAUCACCCCACCUGCAGUUACACCGUCUGGAAGAGAAUAUUUUGGAGAGUAGGCUAGGGUGAAAACUACUGUUGCAUACAUCUGUUUGCUGCUUUAUACGACUGUAAAGGAAGAAAGUGGCAAAGAUGGUUGCAGGAGAAUCAGCCUUAGUGUAUUUGACGGCUGUUCUUGAGUCCAGAAUCUUUACGCUUGCAAUGUAGUGACAAGCACGGUUGCUCAGAAGUCAGAUUGGUGGCACUGAGUUGUAAGUUUGAGAUAAGCUACAACACCAUCCUCCAUAAUACAACAUAAUUUAAUACACAAGCAUAGCCAGCUUUGCUGCCUGCAUGUAUAUGUAACGUAUCCCAGGGAAGAAUAGGCUGGUCAGGGUGAUGUGUCUGUUAAUCAAUGCUCACUUUGUAGUGCUAGAUGAAGCUGUGAAAAGGCUCACAGAGAAGUAACCGUUUCCUAUUUUCUGAAAUUCAUUUCUGGUUAUAUUUUCUUUGACGAUUGCAGAAAAAAUAAGAAAACAGAUAAGCAAAAUGAGAUACUUUUAGCACCAAUUCCUGCGGUAAGAAUAUGUAUCUUUUCAAGCUCCUCCAAUAUAGAGAUUUCAAGGUAGCAUUUCGUUAUUGUUAAACAUACUGCCUAAUCAUGAAUAUGUGAUGCCGCAUGAUAGUUCAGUGACCCUAUUUCUUCAUUGCUUUCGGAAAUGAGAAAUUGUGGACAUGCUAGAUGAAUCUGUGCAACUCUUUUUGUGCAUGGAGAGGAAGUUAACACCUGUGUUACGGUCGUGAUUUUCAGGUUGGAGUUUUUUAUACAUGCAAAAAACUCUGCUUAACAGAUCUAUUUGGGCAGGCAUUUCAAGCCAUUUUGUAGCUGAGUAAAUACAGAAUAUAAAAAAGUUUCGUAUCAACCUCUCUUUUUAAAAAUGCCCCAGAGAACUUAAUUCACCAGCAGAAGUUGAAAAGAAAGUGUGUUGACAGUCUUGGGUCCUUUGACUAAGAAAAUAAGUAGAGUUAUUUUAUUGGGAUUGACUUCUGAGUAAACCUGCUUUUAAUUGCACCGUAUGCAUAUAUGUUGCACACACAAACAUGAGUUAUGUAGUCAUAGCUAUAGCUCCAGAGCAAACUAAUCUAUUUAUAUUUAAUGACUCACUCUCCAAAACCUGUUCUUCCUCUAAGUUUUCAAACUGCUUUUAGUUCUGAAAAGCAGAGGAUCACAAAGGAUUUCUGUAAUACUUCUGGGCAAAGUAAGUAGCAAUUGAUGUGCAUUAUCUAUAUGUCAUGGAUGACAUAGACCCACUAGCCAUGAUAAAGCCAAAGUACUUUUAAGUCUCCAGGAAAUCCAUGGGAUUCAAAAGUCUUUCACUUUGGCUGGAUUAUACCUCGCUUAUCAAGUCAGUGGAACUAUUCCUAACACGUUGUAUUGGAAUUCAAUCAAUAUCAAAUGGUAAAGUUCUGUUAGAACUGGAAUAUGGAAAUGACUGUUGCACCUAUUUCUGGAUAAACAAACUACGUAGUUAGAAAAAGCUAAUAUAUGGUUGUAUUGAAUUUUGCAUUUUGAUAAAUGAAAUUAGACUGCUUGUCCUGUUGAUAAGAAAUCAAGAUCAUUGGCAGCUCUCUAUCUCCCUGCCCCCUCCCAGGUGUUUCUUUGUAUAGUGAGUUAUAGUGUAUGUUACCAGGACAUGUAAAGUAUGAUUUCUGCAUAAUUACAAAAAUUGGAAGAAAAAUACCUUGUAAAAAUUAGUUCUUAGAAGUGUUUCUACAAAUUAUGUUUAUAAACUGCAACACAUUGUAUAGUGUGUUGAAGAACGUAAGAGGCGUUUCAAAUAUAUGCACAUCUAAUUUGAGGUUAGAAAGUCUGUCUGCUCUGUGUUGCCUCCAGCCGAGAUCAGAAUGUGUCUGAACUAAUACGCAAUCCUAGCCUAAAAAUCUGGCAAGUGCCAUCACAAUAGAAGGCUCUUUGUGCCUUCUUUGUUUUUGUAAUGCAAACCAAGAAACCAGCAUUUUAUAUUUUUCAGUUCUGCGUGACGAUGCAGUUUCAGAAAUCCAGAGCCUUAAAGAAGUGGUAAUAGCAAAACUGCCCGAGAAGAACCAAAGCAUUUCCACUUCUCUUGCCAAGGCACACACCCCUAUUAUUUUUAUCUACCAGAAAAAUAGAAGUUUUCUGCACUGUCCUCCAAAUGUUACCCAUGGGAAUUUUUAUUUUAUAUUGAAGAUGUAGAUAUUUCUGAGGUUGCUUUUGUCUUCGUGUCUAAUAAUAGGAAUACUCCUUUUUUGAUUGUGAAACUGAACUAAGAUAUGAGCACAGACCUCCAUGGCAAGGGAGGUCAUUUUCUUCCACUGUAUUGCUUGCAGUAGAAAUCGUGCUUAGCAUGACGAGUGUUUCUCUUCUUCUUUUCAUAGUCACAAUUAUGUCUUAGCAUCUCACUUUAUGAAAAUAAGAAGAUCGAUACCAGUCUGUACAGGUUGCUUCAUUAACCGCUAGACUUUAAAGAAAAGAAAAUCUAUACUGGCAAGCAGAGCAUCCGGUGGUUUAUUGCCUUUGUAAAAGAGACCAUGAUGCCUUUGUAUUUGCUGUUUGCACCCCUGAAAUCAAUUCCAUAUGUUGACUUUUGCCAUGUUUUGCACAUCGUACUGUAUAUAUGUAAUGCAUAUUGUAUUUUUAUAUGUGUAGUACAUUUAUCAUAUAUUUUGUACAUAGUGGCAAGAUUGUAGCUAAGGAGAAAAUGUUAUCUAAGCAAUUUUGCAAUUUGUGUGUCAAAUAAACGAGUUAAUAGAUGUGCUUGUUAUUUGUUGUGUUUGUUUAGCAACGCCAGUCUCUUAAAAUUCGGAUCCCAUGGAAAUUUGGAUGGGCCCUACAUCCAGGUCCAAGGAACAGUAGAUGUACCUAAGCUGCCCAAACCAAGUAUUGUACUAGAAAAAGUCAUACUUAAUUGCUCUAAAACAGGGUUAAUGAUGGGUGGGGAUGAGUGACUGAAAUAAUCAUCAAUGGGCAGAACAAAGUUUCUGAACUUCCAUAUAUAUAUAACACUGGAUCCAGAUUUAGUUAUACUUUGAGUGGGCGCGUUGAAAUUAACCAGAAUUCAAUUAGCCUUUACUGAACUAAGUCCUGCUGAUUUCAAUGAAUCUGUUCUAAACCUGACAAGAUUUGGAUCCAGCUCACUGUACUGAUCUCAUUACUUCAUUCUGUUGUCACUCAAAGGUUGAAGAGUUGCUAAUGCACUGUUAGGUUGUUGUGAGGAUAAAUGGGAGGGAAGAACCACGCACACCGCUCUUGUAAGCAAAUGAUGGAAUAAAAAGAUGGUGUAAUUCAAAAAUGAAUGUCCUAAUAGAACUAAAAAAACUUUGUAUUGUCAGAAAAAGGGAAUGGGAAGAUGGUAUAAAUCUAGCCACAUGGAAUCAGCUCCUGAAAAAGAAAGGUGGAGAAAGGAAGGGGUAUUUAGCCCCAAUUUCAACUCAAAGUCAGUGCUGUUACCUCACUUGCUGACAUCACAGAGAUACUUACAUGAUUCAGAUAUUUCUCUUUGUUUCCAGUGCAACUCAUCUGAAGGGAGAGUUUGAGUACUGGAGAAAGAAAGGGGACUUCUCUCUCAAUAUGGAGGUGACUCGUUACCAAUUCUCUAGGUCAGCCAACAAUUCUGAGGAAAGGGUCCUUGCUCACUAUAGUGAAGUGGUGUUAUUUCUGGAGGGGCAGCCAGAUUUUCCAGAAGAACUCCAAGGUGCCAAGAAGGGGAUGCUGUAUCUCACCCAAUACAAAAUAAUAUUUCAUCAUAAGGAUAAGGGAUCGACCAUCAUCCGUUUUCCACUGCAGCUGUUGGGAGAUUGCGUUCUGGAGGAGGAGCCAGACUCCAAACCCCAACAUAUCAAAGGAACUCUGACUUCUACCCAGGGAGUCCUUGCUUUCAAGUUCACUUUCCAGUAUGGAGCUUCUGAAUGCCUAAACAUGAUCAAAGAUCUGGUAGAUGCAGAAGUUUUGAAAGAGACUACGAAUCUCCAAGAAUACCCAACAGCUUCCAUCUAUACCUACGCCCACCCUGCUGCACCACAGACAACUCCGGCGGUGGCAGUGACAUUUCAAUUCCUGGGAUGAAGAAAAUAGAUGGCAGUACCCUCCAUUUCACAUGUAGUUCCCUUUGCCGGAGGACAGAAUUGUCCCCAGUCCUAAGGGCAGCAGGCUCAGAAAGAUAUGGGAGAUAUGCUGUGGGAUACAGGUAUCUCCAGUUGCUUGUUAACUGCAGUCUAAGACAUCUGGCACUAUGCCUAAUAGGCUGAGUCAAUAUCCACGCUAGUCUGCUACUUGGGGGGAGUAAUAGCCAUGUGUGUGAUAUGCAAAUCUCAAAGAAACUAGCCUUCCAGAUAUUAAUGCUUGCAAAAUUUUUCCAUCCUCAACCCCUGGAAGGCUCCAGGCUGCAAAAGGCUGAAGUAGCCACUGCCUAGCUAGAUAAAUCAAUAUUCUGCUCUAUGAUUGAAUAGCUUCCUAUGAGGCUUGAGUACUGAUCCAUGCUGUACUCCAUGCAUAGGCUGAACAUCACCCAGGAUCAAAACCCAAUUCAAACUCUAGUGUUUUAGAAGAUAAUAUUUCAUUUUUAGUAGACAGUAUUCCAUUCCCAAGGGUUCAGUUUCCAAAGAAUGAGUCUGUUCUUUCUUCCUUGACAUUUUAUUAGGACUUUCUGGUUCAAUCACCUAAUUCUCAGAUAUGAUGGUUUUUCACCUUACAGGUUCUCUCAACACAUUACCACUGUGGCCUCCCCCUUACCCUGGCUCCCCAGAGCUCCCCCCUCCCUAUUCUGAAGUGGAAGCAGACU